AAAACUAUUACAACUUUGAUUGACUAUGAGCAAUUUUGUGGAGCAAAGGCCAUGGAUAAGGAUCCAAAAUUAAAAAUUUUAUCAAAUGAUGAACGAGUUACAGUAAUCGAUUUUAAUAAUAAACAGAAAACAACAGAAUCGAAACAUGUACUAAUUGAUGUUCGUGCGACUUCUGAAUUCGAAAUGUGCAAGAUACAAAAAUCUAUAAACAUUCCAAUCGAUGAUGUACUACAAAAUAAACAAACCGAUUUAUUAAACAAUUUGUUAAAUAAUAACGAUGAAGUGUAUGUUGUCUGUCGAAGAGGAAACGAUUCGCAGAGGGCUGUGAAGCAUUUAAAGGAGACGUUGGAUGUUAAAAUUCCUUUAUACGAUUUAGUAGGGGGGCUGCACGCCUGGGCUGCUGAUGUGGAUACAUCGUUUCCCAUAUAUUAAAGAUUUAUUUAUUUAUAUUGUAAGUGUCACAGGGUAAAAAAGUUAUAUUAAAGUCUGACAAAUUUAUAUUUUACAAAUGAAAGCUAAAUUUUUGAAGAAGAACUUCUUGAGGCACAACUCUAGAGUAUUUGUACUGAUUCAUAAUGAGGAAAAAAACUCUACUGACUAUCAAAUUUAGACGGAAUCAAAAGGAACUCCACUGACGAGCAAAUUUUAAUUUUGAAGUAGAAGAUAAAAAAAAGAGUGCGCGUAAGGAUCACACGCGAUUGAAGUAAAACUUAUUUGCUACUGUAAUUUUGAACCAAAGACGAAGGAAGAUGAUCUUGAACAAAAUUCCGAAGAUAAAAGCCCGAAGGAUGAAUCAGGAAAGACUAUUAAUAAGCAAAUUCAGAUAUUUAUUUUUUCAAAAAAAAAGGAACUCUACUGACGAGGAAAUUUAGACUGUUUUAGCAAAAUGGAACUCUACUGGCAAGCAAAGUCAGCAAAUCAAUAUUGGUAUGAUAUCAUUUUAGAA